GAUGUUUCACCACCGGGACACUCUGUCUCCGCACACUUUAUCUGAACUCUUCCGACUUUUUUUCUCAGCGUAGGCGUGCGUUAACUCGCUCCUGCCUUUGAAAAAAGUUAUCAGAGGAAGGAAAGGGACGAAGAAGGAGAAAAAAAACUGGGCUACCUCUUCAAACCGUCCCGGUUUUUACCGGGGAGUUGUCGUCAUCAGCACCCCAGAUAUCCCCCCCUUAGCUCCCUAAAUGGAUGGGGCAGUCUCGGUCUAUGCAGUUCAGCACAGGCCAAAAGAUUGGAAACGACUUGUGAAUAUCCGUCAGUUUGGCGUCUAGAGGGGGGACGCUCAGAAAUGCCCGGCUGCUUCGCUGGAGCUCAACUCUGAGGACUUUUCUCCUGCAUUUCUGCUUUUUUUUCAGGAGGAAGGACUCUGCUCAAAGUUUACAACAGAAAGGAAAACUCAGCGCUGAAGUGGCAGCUCUCACACUAAAGCCCUCGCUAUGGAUUGGAUGUAUUUAUUGAUGUGCUUUUCACUCAGUCAAGUAUUUUUGGAUCAUAUUUUCGCUGCAGAAACACAUGAAAAACUCUCUGGAAAGUUAAGUGAAUAUGGUCUUAUCGUGCCAUUCAGCACAGACUCCCACGGCCGGUACAUUUCUCACGUGGUCUCUGCUGGAAGUGGAAGUAAAGGUGCUGCUGAUGCUGAUGCCGCCUCAGCCUUUGGCAGCAGAAGAAGGGUGGCCCGCAGUGCCCCCAAGAUGCCCCCAGUCACCCCCGCCUCGGCGCAGCAUUUGUUUUUCAACGUCACUGUGUUUGGGAAAGAACUGCACCUCCGCCUGAGGGCCAACAGGAGGCUGGUGGCCCCGGGGGCUUUUGUGGAAUGGCAGGAGGACUUUGUGGAAAAGGCCAAGGAGCAUAUCUACGGGGACUGUGUUUUCACUGGAGACGUGAGCGACAUGCCGGAGGCCUCUGUGGCUAUCAGCAACUGUGACGGACUGGCAGGUCUGAUCCGGACUGAUAAUGGGGAGUUUUUCAUCGAGCCCCUCGAGAAAGGCCAACAACACGUGGAAGUGAAGGGGCGGGUCCACGUGGUCUACCGCAGGUCGGCCAUCAAGCCAGAAACCGGCCAGCCGAGGGAGGACCUCCACAAUGAAGUGGCUGACUUCGGGAUUGCAGACCUCCCUGCGGCUCUGGAUCUCGUCGAACAUAAACUGUCUGAGUCUGAGCGCAAGAGGAGGCAUGCGAAGAAGGACGACUACAACAUCGAAGUGCUGCUGGCUGUGGACGACUCGGUGGUGCGCUUCCACGGCAAGGAGCAUGUGCAGAAUUACGUUCUCACGCUCAUGAACAUAGUUGAUGAAAUCUACCAUGAUGAAUCUUUGGGGACCAACAUCAACGUUGUCCUUGUCCGCAUGAUAAUGGUCGGGUACCGACAGUCUAUAAGCCUGAUCGAGCGUGGCAACCCAUCCCGCAGCCUGGAGCAGGUGUGUCGAUGGGCCAACACGCAGCAGCGCCGCGACCCUGACCACGCAGAGUAUCACGACCACGCCAUCUUCCUCACAAGGCAAGAUUUUGGUCCCGCAGGUAUGCAAGGUUACGCUCCAGUUACAGGGAUGUGCCACCCACUGAGGAGCUGCACUCUAAACCAUGAGGACGGCUUCUCCUCUGCCUUUGUGGUUGCUCAUGAAACCGGCCAUGUGCUUGGCAUGGAGCACGAUGGCCAGGGGAAUCGUUGUGCUGAUGAGACCAGUAUGGGCAGCAUAAUGGCUCCGCUCGUCCAAGCAGCUUUCCACCGCUACCACUGGUCACGUUGCAGCAAGCAGGAGCUCAAUCGAUAUAUCCACUCUUACGACUGCCUGCUGGAUGAUCCCUUUGAGCACAAGUGGCCAAAGCUUCCCGAGCUCCCUGGGAUCAAUUAUUCAAUGGACGAGCAGUGCCGCUUUGAUUUCGGCGUUGGUUAUAAAAUGUGCACUGCUUUUCGGACCUACGACCCUUGCAAGCAACUAUGGUGCAGUCACCCUGACAACCAGUACUUCUGUAAAACAAAAAAAGGACCUCCGGUGGAUGGAACAGAGUGUGCACCAGGCAAGUGGUGUUUUAAAGGCCAUUGUAUCUGGAAAUCCAGCCAGGAGCCCCAGGGCCACGAUGGAAGUUGGGGCUCCUGGUCAAAAUUGAGCUCUUGCUCCCGAACAUGUGGAGGUGGAGUUCGCUCGCGUAGCAGACAGUGCAACAACCCUCCGCCUGCAUACGGUGGUCGAGAUUGCCCAGGCUCUGCUUUUGACUACCAGAUGUGCAACACAGAGGAGUGUGCUGGCCCCUAUGAGGACUUCCGUGCUCAGCAGUGCGUCCAGAGGAGCAACAAAUACCACAAAAACAUCAAACACACCUGGCUACCGUACGAGCACCCAGAUGAGGCCCGGAAGUGUGAGCUCAGCUGUAAGUCAAAGGAAACAGGAGAGGUGGUGUUCAUGAACCAGGUGAUGCACGAUGGGACCCGCUGCAGCUACUCAGAGCCCUUCAGCGUGUGUGCUCGAGGAGAGUGUCUGCAUGUAGGCUGCGAUAAGGAGGUCGGUUCUUACAAACAGGAGGAUAAAUGUGGAGUGUGUGAGGGGGACAACUCCCACUGUCGCACCGUGAAGCUGACACUCACCAAGACGCCCAAAAAGAAUGGAAUGCUGAAAAUGUUUGACAUCCCAAUAGGAGCCCGUCACAUUGUUAUCGAAGAGAACGAGACUUCCCCUCAUAUUAUUGCUGUGAAAAAUCAAGUGACUGGAAACUUCAUACUGAAUGCAAAGAGUGAAGAAGCUGAAACAAAGACCUUCAUCGAAAACGGUUUGCAGUGGGAGUAUUCCCUCGAUGAAGGGAAGGAGAUCUUGAAAACAAGUGGUCCUCUGCAUGAAGGCAUUAUAGUGCUGGUCAUUCCACAAGAAGAAGAUGUCAAGAUCAGCCUGACGUACAAGUACAUCAUACAUGAGGACCUGUUACCGCUUAUUACCAACAACAAUGUUCUGCUGGCUGAACUGGACACCUACGAGUGGGCGCUGAAGAGCUGGUCUCAGUGCUCCAAACCCUGUGGUGGAGGAAUACAGUACACUAAAUAUGGCUGCAGGAGGAAGAGUGACAGCCGUUUGGUACAUCGAAACUUUUGUGAAACCAGCAAAAAGCCUAAACCCAUUCGCAAACGCUGCAAUGUUCAAGAGUGCAGCCAGCCCACGUGGGUGGUGGAGGAGUGGAGUCCCUGCAGUAAGACCUGCGGAAAGCUCGGAUACCAAACCAGGGUGGUGCAGUGCAUGCAGAUGCUCCACAACGGCACGAACAGGCCCGUCCACAGCAAACACUGCCUCCAGGACCGGCCGGAGAUAAGGAGAGCCUGUAACCACACCAUAUGCCCCGCCCAGUGGAGGACAGGGGCGUGGUCUCAGUGUUCGGUGACCUGUGGCGAAGGGAUCCAACAAAGGCAGGUGGUUUGCAAAGCCAGUGACAACACCCUCGGAGAGUGUGAGGGCGAGAAGCCGGAAACAGUCCUCAUCUGCAAACUAAGUUCGUGUCCAGGACAGCCAGUGUCUCCUCUCACCAUUGAAACAAUGGAAAAUUCCACAAUAAAAGAUGAAGCCGUACACCAAAGGGCGCCUGAAAACCCCGUCCACAAAAUCUCUUCAAAUGAGCCAUGUCUGGGGGAUAAAUCGAUUUUCUGUCAAAUGGAGGUUCUUGCCCGAUAUUGCUCCAUCCCUGGAUAUAAUAAGCUUUGCUGUGAGUCUUGCAACAAGAAAGAACACCUCGCCACACAUGCUCCUGACCUCCAAAACACCCCGUUGGCCUCAGCUGAACAUGAUACCUCCACUCCUUCUCACCCUGCAUCACCUAAGGCUUCUUCAGUGGCUACGACCCAGAGCCCGCCGCAAACCACUAAAGCCAUCAGCAGACGGCUGCGCUCCACCGCCCCGGUGCCAACCACAGCUGCCGAAGCCGAAGCUGAAGCCUCGCCAUCCACAGGUGCUGCUCUGCCCCAGGGUCCCACCAGCGACUCCUUCCUCACAGCUGGUAAAGGAGACUCAGACCCGGGGCCUCUUCUACCUCCGGGGCCUCCGCGGCCCACAGCAGACUCCAGUGGAGGUGCCUCUAAAGAGCACAGUCCAAACAGCACUUUAGGCCCAGUCGCUGCCAGGUCAAGAAGGGACGAUUUAGGAUCCGAGAGGGACUCGAGUCACAGAACCCUUUCAGCUCAGAAAUGAACAGUGAGCGAUGUUGUGAAUGUGCUGCUCAGUGGGACGGUCGUCUACAUCAGCUCACUCUUUGCAGCAUCUCAAUGACUCGCAGUCUUGCUGCGGAUGUUUUCUGUCUUUCUUUUUUUUUUUUCUUUUUUUUUUUUUUUUACAAAGAUUUUUUUUUCCAUGCCAGUGAACUUAGACCAGACCAGCGAUGGUUACCUCAUCAAAACUCCGGAGUGAUCUGUGCACAGCGUCGCUCUGCCCUCUGUGCUUCAAAUAUGAAACGGAAGAAGAAAAAAAAAGUUGUCAGGUGCUGUAAACUAAAACGACUACAUGACGUGUUCAAAAUGUGAUGACUGCAUUGCUACAUUCAUGUUUUUAUCUGUGUACAGUUGUGUAAUCCUGUUUUUUUCAAGUGCAUUAGAACUACUAUUGAACUUGUAUUGUGAACAUGUGAGGAGAGGUCAAAGGCCAUGGUUUUGGAGGUGCACGUGUCAGCUGUGGAGACCAGAGUGUGCCUCCUGAAUAAUUAUAGACCUACCAGUGCUGAGAUAUAAUGGAUUAAUAUAGUGCAUUAAGCCGCAAUAACUUUUGGUCAAGUUGGCUGAAACUGUCACUGUAUCCUGACAGUAGUAAGUGAGACAGUGAAAAAAUCAUAUUCCUCCUCUUAGUGCUUCUAAUGGCAUUUGCAAAAAUACACCCUGCCUGAAUGCAAACAUCCAGUACAGGGCGAGGAGUCUCCAACACUGCGACCAGGCAGCGCUGAUCAACUACGGAUAAAGAUUCAUUUACUUCAUUGCCUAUUUCUUACCUAUAUUUUUUUCAGAAACAUGUUUUAGUGUACUGUUUAGCUGUGAAAAGAGAAAAUUUGUCAUCAUCUUCAAAAGAGUCGAGCCAAACGUUUUCAUUUUACAGCUGAACAGUUUGCUAAAAAUUGGUUUCUGAAUACAUUCUAGGCCAGAAAUUGGCAACGCUGUAACAAAAUCUUGAUUCAUGUUGGAUCAGUGCUCAGUACUGUCGGACACUUUGACCACAGUUCACGUAACAAUGGACACAACUGACAACGGCGUUGAGACUCCCCUGCUCUGACUGAUUGUUUUUGCUCAGGCCCGGUGAAUUAUUCCAAAUACUAUUAAAGAUACACCAACAGUUUGAGCAA